GAAAUGGAAAAUAUAUUGGCAAAGAAUACCCAGAUGGAGGGAGAAAUUGUGCGCAUGUACGAUGCACUUGUUGCCUUUUUUGGAGGAAAAUUACCAGACGAAAUUAAGAGAAGCAUUCAAAAACUUUAUGGCAAUGAAAUCCAUCAGGAGAUUGUAAAAAAAAAAGAAGAUUUUUCAAACAAAAAAUGUUCAAUAGUUGUUACAGGAGAAACCAGCGCAGGUAAAAGCAGCUUCCUUAACCUACUGCUUGGAGAAGUGGUCCUACAUAGCUCCAUGUUAUGUUCGACAAGAAGGCUGUGUCACAUACACUCAAUACCCGUUGGAAGUCAGUGGUACUUUGAAGUCACGAUGGAGGAUGGUUUAAUCAUACCGCAUAAAAAAUAUGAAAAGAAUGAUAAGGAGAAAUUUGUUAAAGAUUUAGAAGAAUGUGUGACAAGUAAAGACACUAGAUUACAAAAAGUUGAUAUAUACUGGCAUGUGCCGUUGUUGGGCGACAAUACGCACGUGACCUUAGUUGAUUCACCUGGCAUUGGAGACAAUCAAGAGUUAUCCGAAAAACUACUAAAUUACUUACCGAAUGCAAGCGCGCUUAUUUUCGUAAUUAACAGCUCAAACUGCGGUGGAGUCCAAGGUGAUAAGAUUUGA